UUUGUAUGUUUGCGCUUCAGAUGACAUCACGGCUUUAAAUAUUCCCGUUGCUUCUUCCCACCCGUCCUCAUCAUCAUUACUCCGCCAGUAUAAAGAGCCUCACGGUCCAGCGAUGUUUUUGUAGUUUAGCUAGGUUCAAGUUAAACGGCAACGUUGAAACAAUUGUAAGAUAACUGCUGCCUCCUUGUCCGCUUUACUAAAUAGACUUGUGCUUCCAGCACCGGGUUUUUCCUUGGGGAGAAAAGGCGCCGACUGGGCUUCAGUGUGGAAAAAAAAGAGUGGUGGAGAAGAGGACCGAGCUAAAUCGGGCGUGGUAGAAAGAAUAAACUCAUCGUUAUUAGCAAAACUUCAAAAGUAGCACCCAUAAUGUCGCUGUCGGUGCCGCAGAACGGAGUAAAGGCGGAUAACGAACCCGUUAUCGAGCUGUUUGUGAAGGCGGGGAGUGAUGGAGAGAGCAUUGGGAACUGCCCCUUCUCCCAGAGGCUCUUCAUGAUCCUGUGGCUUAAAGGAGUCGUCUUCAAUGUCACCACAGUGGACCUCAAGAGGAAGCCUGCAGACCUCCAGAACCUGGCCCCGGGCACACACCCGCCCUUCAUCACCUUCAACGGCGAGGUCAAAACUGACGUCAACAAGAUCGAGGAGUUCCUUGAAGAUGUCCUCUGCCCACCCAAGUACAUCAAGCUUGGUGCAAGACACCCCGAGUCAAACACAGCUGGUAUGGACAUCUUCGCCAAGUUUUCAGCAUACAUUAAGAACUCAAAACCAGAUGCAAAUGAGGGUCUGGAGCGCGGGCUUCUGAAGACACUGCAGAAGCUGGAUGAGUAUCUUCACUCACCACUGCCUGAUGAGAUCGACCACAACAGCAUGGAGGACAUCAAGGUCUCCAACCGCAACUUCUUGGAUGGUGAUGAAAUGACCUUGGCUGACUGUAACCUGCUGCCCAAGCUGCAUAUAGUCAAGGUGGUGGCCAAGAAGUACAGAGGCUUUGACAUCCCCAAAGAGAUGACUGCCAUCUGGAAGUACCUGAACAACGCCUACACACGCGAAGAGUUCACCAACACCUGCCCCAGUGACAAGGAGAUCGAGAUCGCCUACGGAGACGUAGCCAAGAGGCUGGUCAAAUAAGCUCUUCUGUUCCCCCCCCCCCCCACCCCACCCCAUCCAUCACCCCGUAACCUCCCCCUCCACACACCCCUACACCUUCCCCUCCCCAGCACCAGGACUGAUGUGCUCAUGCACGAGAAAGAAGAAAAAAAAAACAAAAAACUCUGGACUUCUUUUCCUUCUCUCCUCAUCUAGAGCGAACCCCAAUGCAUGAACCCUUCUCGACCAUCCCCCCACCCUCCAAAUGUCUCCGACUUUUUAUGAAGACCUCUUUAGUUGAUUCAGCAAAGGUCACCAUUGUUCCAUCUUUCAUCAUUAAUUGCUUUUGUUUUUCAUUUGCUGAUGAAUGAUGUGAGAUGGCGAGGCGUCAGAGAAGCAGCCAGACAUGUGUAUCAGCGCUUAUCAAUGUUGGGAGCCUCGUCAAACACACUCCCUGAUAAGUGACCUUCAAGCUGACCUUCUCUCUGCAUGCAGGGGAGAGGCCACAAGCUGUCGUUAAUUUUCUGUUGUCUGUUUAAUACUGAAAUAGCUCUUUCUAGGAUUGCUAUAAUAUGAACACUGAGAAGAAGUUUUUGUCCCUGUCUUUUGGCUUAUUAGGAGGCAUUGUAAACAGUGUUGACGCUUCAGUGUUUUUGGCUCAAGUAUAUGACCAAUUUAAGUAGAAGCUGAAGCUAAUCCAAACCUGAGUGGUUGACAUAUCAAGUGCUUUAUUUUAAUGUUGAGCUGUUUUUAAAAUGAAUCAAAAUAAUUGUAACUGCAGGUAAAGCUACCUGGUAUCCAUGCUCUGAUUUCCUCAAUGCCUCAAAUUCUUGUAGCUCAGCUCAGUAGAAUUGUAGGGACUUUCCUGUACCGGCUGCAGAAGUAACAACUCAGGAAAAAUCUAACCUGAGGUCAAAGUAAUAUCCAAUCAUAUGUAGCUUACAGAUGUGUAGGUGUCUAGACUGGCCUUUUGUUAAUCACCACAUUGCCAUAUAAAAUGUUUAGACACUGACACACUGAACAGACUCUUCUCUUAUGAAGCAUGAAGGAAAAGUCUUCACUUUGGCAGUGCUGACUGUAGCUGUAGUUUGGAUUACACAUGGCGGACCAAAAAGGGGCACAUUAUUCUGGUUUCACUGUGGAUAGGAUGACUCCGGCUAUGUAAGAUAAUGAAGUCAAAAGAAAAAGAAAGCACACUCUGUGUUUCCUUCUCCAUGGCAGACAGAAUGAAGGACACUAAUGUGCAGUCAGGCACCAGGAAAGGCAACACUAAAGAUAUUUAUGACAAAACGAAACGAGGAGAGUAGCAAUGAAAUGAAUACCUGGUCGAAUGUCACUUUCUCUUCAGUAUAUAGAUUGACGUCUAAGGUAGUGAAUGUAUGUUAUGAUACAGUUAGAUCCAAAAGUGCUUUAAUGCAGAUAAAGCGAAACCUGUUUUUGUUUUCUCCCGUUUGCCAUGUUUUUCAGACAUUUGUUAUGAAACGAAUUUGAUAAAAAGAAUUGUAAAUAUUUGUUUUGAUUGCUCAGAAUUCAAUGUGUAAAUUUUAUACAUUUCAUCAGAAUUUUGAGGAAAAUGGGCCAUUUCUCGCCUGCUUUGACUUUAAUUCUAGAUAAACCAUCUCCUCUCUGCCUUACUUGUUUUCUCUCUGCGGAUGUUUUGCAGGAAGGUUUUUCAGAGAUCAUUUCAUUACAACAUGAGUGUGAUGUUGUAAGAAAAUAUCCAAGCUAUGUCAUGGCUUUUUUUUUUUUUUUUUUUUUUUUAACAAUAUUGACUGAAUUUAAAUAAACUUAAUGGCAUUCUGA